AUGGGUUCAUGUUGGGAAACUGGAAUAAUCAUGGACGCUAGCUUUGCAAUGCAAAAUGCUAAACGCUUAAAGCUUGGUUUGGAGCCGAAUUUCGAAGAAGCUGUUAAAACAAGUGUAUUAUCAAAAAGAUGGGAAUUCCUAUGGACAUCUAUUACCAAGCUUGAGUUUACGGAUGACUUUGUACAGAGUGAUGAAAAGAGGGCAGAAUUCAUGAAUUUUGUAGAAAGAGCACUUUUGCUUCAUGACUCUUCUAGCAUAAAUACUUUCAGCUUAACCUGUGAGGUGCCAACUGAUGGGUCUCUGCCUCGCAUUAACUCGUGGAUAAAUGCUGCUCUGAGGCACAAUGUGCAAAAGAUGAUGCUUCGUCUUGACUUUGAGCAUUGUCAUGGAUUAUUUAUGUUGCCUCGUCACCUUUUUGCUUGUGAAUCCUUGAAAGAGUUGGAACUGGAUUUCUUCUUUGAUCUCAGGCUCCCUUCUUUUGUCUACUUUCCGAAUCUAAAGAUCUUGACUCUCUCAAGAGUUUUCUUUAUGGAUGAUAAUUCAGUACAGCAACUAUUCUCUAGUUGCCCAAAAUUGGAGAAGUUAGAUCUAUUUCUGUGUGAGUGGAGCAGUGUGAAGGCUGUUCAUGUUUCUGCUCCAGUGCUUGAACAUUUGGAAAUAUAUGAAGUUGCAGCUGAUUUAGAUACUGAGCCUGAUUGUCAAUUCAUGAUUGCUGGACCAAGGCUUAAAUUCUUUCAUUAUACAGGAGAACUCAAAAAUGAUUACUGCAUAUUUGAUUCACCCUUGCUUGUUGAUGCACAUGUUGAUGUGGAUUUAAGAUUAUUCCAUAUGAACACUGGAGGACAAAGACAAGCUGCUUAUCGUGCACAUAAGCUUCUUAGGGGGCUUGCUAAUGUGAAAGAUUUACAUGUAUCACCUCGUACUCUCAAUGUUCUCUUAGUAGCAGAAGAAUUAGUUGCAUGUCUCCCAUUGUUUCAUAAUCUAAAUCAUCUUGAGGUGAGUGGGGGGACGUUGAAUUUUGCUUCUGGAACGCUGCUGAAGAUACUCCAAAACUCACCUCAUCUUGAGUCUAUUUAUUUUGCAAUGGGAAUCCGCUUGUCUGCUUUAAGUGUGAGAGAUGGUUGGCGACUCGAUCCAGUACCUCCAUGCUUCUUGACCCACCUGAAGACACUCAAAGUUUAA